AUGAAUAGCAAACCAAUUAGGGCACCUACUAAUGAAUCAAACACAAUCCGACGAAAACCAACACGAUCAAUACGUUCAAGUCAAUCAAUGGUAAGUGAUACUGAUUCUAGUGAAUCUAUAGUAAUGGAUGAUUCAUAUGAUUCAUAUGAUUAUCCUCAUUCACAACAAUUAUCUUUUCAUUCAGACAAUACAAAUAUAAAUCUUUCUUCACAAUCAAAAAUAAGAAAUUAUAUUAAACUAUUUAUGAAAUCUUCAUCAAAUUUAUCUAGUGCUCCUAGAUUUUUAAAUUUAGUUUAUGUAUCUAUUCCAAAUUCAGUAACUGAUUAUAAACAUGGUAAUAUGUAUGAAGCAAUUAAACAAGAAGUAAAGAAAUAUAUUGAUGAUAAUGAAACAAGAAUAAAUGCUUUAUUAGCCGCACUUGCAAAUUUUAAAGUUAUUAAGCGUUCAAUAGAAUCAUCAAUUAUUAAUAUAAAUAACGCAAUCAUAUCAAAAUUAACUCAAUUUAAUUCUUCUCAAUUAUUCAAUGGAGAUGGAUUAUUUUAUUUAAUUGAUAAUGAAUCAUCAUUAAAUACUAUUGAUCUUUUAGUAUCAAAUAUUAUUAUUACACUUCAAAGAAGAAUUAUUAUUCAGACAGGAAAAUCAUCAUCAGAGAAAAAUCAAUUUAAUGUUGGUGAUUUUUAUUGGUCAGUUGGAAAAACAGUUAAAAAAGAAUAUACUGUUGGAUUAAAAGAUUUAAUUAAUGAUCUUAAUGCACUUGGAAGAACAAAAAGAGGGAAGACAACAAAACAAUCAUCUCACAAUGAACCAAAUGCUUUCAAUCUUCAUUCUUUUAUUUUAGUUUAUACUUCAUUAUCUUCAUUAAAUAAUUAUUCUUUCUUUGGUGGAAAAAUCAAUGCUAUAGCAAUUGUUCAUUUAAUUAAUGGAAAAGUUAUUCCUAAUUGUUUAGGAAAUAUAUGGGUAUAUGUUAGAGAUUGGUCAGAAGAAGAUGGAAGAUGUGGGAAAUUUAAUGUUGGAAAACAAAAUAUUACAUGGUGUGGUGGAAAAUAUCAUCCAGAUCCUCUUCAUGAUGAUGAUACUUCAAAAUAUUUAAAAAUCACACUUUAA